CUCGUAUGCGCAUGCGUAAUCAAUACACGACUUCCGGUUUAAAUUUCUUCAAGAUUUUAGUUUUUCAUUUGUUUCGUUCAUUUAUAGGAAUUGUGUCUAUCUACGGCCUCAAAACAUGCAUGCAAAUAAUUCUCAAGACCCUAGACGCCCAGAAAAAGUCCAAAGGUACAAGCCCCCUCCCAGUGGAGGCCCAAUGGAGGACCCUACCCCAGAUUAUAUGAACUUACUAGGCAUGAUCUUCAGCAUGUGUGGUCUGCUCUUGAAAAUGAAAUGGUGUGCCUGGACUGCAGUGUAUUGUUCAUUCAUCAGCUUUGCAAACUCAAGAUCCUCAGAAGAUACCAAACAGAUGCUUAGCAGUUUCAUGUUGUCCAUAUCAGCAGUUGUGAUGUCAUACCUCCAGAAUCCACAGCCGAUGCCUCUACCAUUUUAGCAUUCCCUGUACAUAGUGUGCAAUAAAUCUCUGUACAUAAUUUUAUAACUUUA